GGGAACUGGACAGGCGACUGAGAGAUUUCAAACUUUAAUUUUUCUGUCUGGAGAGAUUUCUUCCACUGAGAAAUUCAAAGUAUACACACUUCCGUUAUUUACUGUUACGGACGUCACAGGAAACCCAAAGAAAUAGUAAAGCUUGGAGAUUUUUAAUGCCUUUGCCGCAAGUGUCAUUACUGGAGACGUCUGUUAUUAUUCUCACAAUACUAUCUUUGGCGAAAUUUCGGUUCUGCUGCUGCAGUUGAAAUUGUAGUUCUGCGGAAAUUCACAGUCGUAUUGUUAGAAUUAGAAGGUGCUACUUGGUAAACAUUUACAACAUUUUUGCGUAUUUCUGUUGUUUCGUGUGCUAAAUACGUCGUCACAAUAUGCUUGAUAGGCUGCUGUCAUGGUCGGACAAAUUUUAAGUCGUCAGUUGCCCUUACACAGAUACCGUACAAUAGCAGGUUGUGUUUUUUACUUGAGCUUCAACCGGCAGUUCGCGAUGGCUUGGAGGUCCCACGGAAAAAAUAACAGUGACAUGGUCCGCAAUUUACGCGCUAAUGGAAUAAUUCGUAGUAAGAUUGUGGAAGAAGUUAUGGAGCAAGUGGACCGUGGAAAAUAUGCGAAAUUUAACCCAUACAUGGAUGCACCUCAAGGGAUUGGUUAUGGCGUAACUAUCAGCGCCCCUCACAUGCAUGCUCAUGCCCUGGAACUCUUGAAAGAUCACCUGAAAGAAGGUGAGAGAGCAUUGGAUGUUGGAUCAGGCAGUGGUUAUCUUACUGUCUGCAUGGCACUCAUGGUGGGUGAAACAGGACGAGCCGUUGGCAUAGAUCACAUCCCGGAGUUAGUUGAAUUUUCACGAAAUAAUGUUCGCUCUGACAAGCCAGAGCUGUUAGAUUCUGGAAGAGUCAAACUGGUUGUUGGUGAUGGCCGUUUGGGAUGGCCGGAGGAUGCUCCAUACAAUGCUAUCCAUGUUGGUGCUGCUGCUGCAACAUUGCCACAGGCUCUAAUAGACCAGCUGAAGCCAGGUGGUCGACUGGUAGUUCCUGUUGGGCCAGAAGGAGGAAACCAACAGUUGGAGCAAGUUGACAAGCUGCCAGAUGGAUCAGUACGGAGGACACCACUCAUGGGUGUCGUCUAUGUGCCACUCACGGACAAGGACCAUCAGUGGCCUGGCAGACGUCCAGUUACUGCAGGACGUGUCAGGCUGGAAAAAGCACUGAUUUGUUUGAGAAGAUAUGUCUCAAAGAACUGCUUACUGUUCAGCAUCUGAUUGGACUAUAUAAGUAUUUAACAAAGCUGUAGGAUAACCAAUUAAUUAAAAGAAGUAUAUUGAUUUCCAUACUGUCAGAGUGAUGUUUCUGCAGUUGACUGUUACAGCAUGUGCACAGAUUUUAAUAAUGAAACAAGUAUUAUUACAGUUUCCAUACUACUUGACUGUUUCAGUAGUGUAUGUUUAAAACUGUGAAGCAUCAUCAUAUAAAAUGCAACAAAUCGUACACGAGUAAACAGCGGAAGUUCCUGCAUGUAGCGAUCACAACAAACUCUUUAUUGACAUUGCCUAAAGGUGCUGCACAUUGUAUUUUGAUGAAAGUGUGCAAGGGAAAUGCAGUUUCGAAAGGAAUAUUUGACACUAAGAUUUGCUACCAUGAGUUAGCACAGUGUGUGUUAGGUUAUUACAAAAUUUCCUUCAAGACUAUUCCUGUCCUCAUUUUUUUCGUUUGUUUUAUGACUCCUCCAUACCCCUUCCAUCACCCCCAUCCAUUGUUAUUCCAGAAAAGAGCUGUGAUGAUGCGUGCGUGACCCCACAAAUUUGGUCACCCAGGUCCAAGGAUGGUGGCAGCAGUGCCCAGUUGGGCGCCGGCGGGCAGGGACAUGCAGGGAGCGGCAUGGCGGUGCAGCCCCGUUGGCAAAUCCCCACACUGAUCAUGACUGUCUUACUACCAAUGUUGUUUGCGUUUACUUAACUGCAGAGUGUGGUUUAAUGUGUAGCAUGAUACUGACAUCCUUUGCUUAAAAAAUCCUUUCUUCAUUUUUAAAAACUGUGGGAACUGAUUUGUGUCCAUUGAUGUUUAGUUGAAAGAGUUUUGUUUCCUGAAGAAGCAGUAAUAUGUCAAAACAGUAGUGGCGGAUUUUGAUUGUGUUAUUGCCACAAGAAGUGGUAUUCAGUUCCCAAGUUAGAUGUUAAAUUUUUAUCUCAGAUACAUGUUUGUAUGUAGGUAUACUUGCAGCAGGUUUAUUACUCAUGUAUGCUCCCACAAACAAUGAAUUACGUGACUGACAAUGAAAUAAUUGCUGGGAGUAAUUAAACUGGUGGCAUAGUUAAUUUUUGCAUUCCAGACCCUUGUGCUUGGUAUGCAACCAGGUGUGUGUAUCAUUUUGGAUAAUGGUGUCUCAUUUCUUCUGCGCACUUACCACAUCUUGCAAAAUACAGUCAUGCAGAUUGCUUACUUAUACCUAAACAUUAUAUAUAUAUAUCAGUGAUUUCCCUAUCAGUUCCCUUUUUACGGCUGUCCUUCUGUAAGAAUUAAGUGUAAUAAUGAUUUGCAGAGAUAUGCUGCAGAAAGUAAUUUGAAUCGUUGGCCAAUGGCCAAUACAGAUAAAAAAAUCAGUUGAAAUGUUUAUCUCUGGUGGGCAACCUGCUGCUAGAAUACCAUUCCAUAGCUAAGAACACUGAAUUUUGUUUUGCUAUUUUGUAUAUAUCAGGUAUUAGCAAUAUAAGUGUCUUAUGUGUGAACAGAAUGGAACUCUUGGUCACUAGCAUAUUAAAAUAGGGCUAGAGCAUUGAGUAUUCCUUUCUCUUGUCAGUUUCUUGUUGCACAUGGAUGACUAGCAAGACUUGGUAUGGUUUUCUUUCAUCCAUAUGUAAUUGUGUCAGAUGUUCAGUAUAAACAUGUACAAGGUUUUCUUUUCCUUAAGAAUGAUUGCAGUUUGAUUAAUUUCUUUGUUAUUAAUAGUAUACACACCAAUGAAAUUCUAGUUUUUACAUUUGUUUUGUAGGUGUUCGGUUCACUAAAGGGGCAACCAAACUUCAUUCAGAAGGCACUUCUGUAUCAUUUUUGGUGCUUAUUCUUGAGUAUUUUAUUGUAGUUCUCUAGAGUUUGCUCAGCUCAUUCUCUUACAGUCCAACAUUUAUGUUGGGUUUUUUACUAUGACUGGAGUUUACAUGACAGUUGUGAAAUAAUCAUGUAGAUUGAAUAAAUAUAAGAAAAUAUUGGGUAACUUGUGAGCCAAGUCAUAGAGAAGACUAGGAGAGAAGUUAAAACUUAAUGUUCUGUCUUCAUAAUGAUUGUCCUUCAGUGUUGUUGACUGAAUGAUAUCACUUUUUCUUGUAUAAGCAGCUAGUAUUUGUACUGAUUACCUUUAUGUAAAUAUCUUUGUUCAUUAACCAUAUUGAUCUUUUGUUAACCUUCUUAAGCUCCCAAAAUUUCAGAAGUUGAUAACAUUUUUAAGUUCACUGUCCAAAAUACAGUGUUAUCAACACUACAGAAAAAUAAAUUUCUGAAGUUAGUAAGGUUACAAUGUUAGUAGAGUAAAAAUGAAAUAUAUGUCCCAUUCCAGUAGUGGACAGAUGUUGAUAGCAGAUGGACAUGUAUUGUUUUAUUUAAAAUCGGUGCAACAGUUUUGGUGAAUAUAAAUGUUAUUUGAGUUCUUUACACUGUUCCAUAUAUAUAAUCAUUCUGUAAUAUCUGAAGUUUCUUGUCUUGUUAACAAUUAUGUCUUUUUUCUUUAGAAUAUCACUUGAAUGAAAAAAGUAUUUACUGAUAUUUAGUCAAGAAACAUAUGCAUAUUAUUCAUAAGGUGUCUAAAAUUUGAAUACUGUUCAGCAUUAAUUAAAAAGAGUCUCUGUCAAGGAUUAUUGUUUUUAUGCAAGCUCAUGUACUUCCAUUAAUUAUGCAAUGAAAAUGUUACUGUGCGUGAAGUAGACUAGGCUUCAUAACUACUUUCUCCAAGGCACAGUCAAUGCUCACUUACACAAGUGAACUGAAGAGGCAGACUUUGAUAAAUCCAGCAGACACAUUGCAUAGUUAUAGAAAAAACUAUUGCAAAAAUCUCUUCCUGUUGCAUUGUUUUACUCACAUAGCAUUGAGCACAUGAAUUGUAAAAGUUUACCAAAUUAAAAUAAAAAAAUAGUGUUAUUAAUGCGCUCAUGAGUAUUGUGUUGUGUUGCACUCUUUUUUUGGUCUCUGUAACAAAUAAAAACUAGUCAGCAAUUGAGAAAAGUGUAUUUUAAGGUUUGCUUCCAAAGCAAGUUGAAGAUACAAACAAAACACAAAAUUUUGUUUGCGGGCAAAAACAGUAUUCAUAUCCAAAAGUAUUUCAUCCUAGAAGUCACAUAAAGUAAGUUAUUUGUGAGAAUCCACCUGGUGGUAUGCAUUAUACACAGUUUUGUGUGCUAGUUUUUUCUUGUUAAAUUUUUCUGCAGAAUUUGUAUUAAUACAAGCACAAUCUUGGCUAUUUCAUUUAUUGUAUUUUGUGUAGUUAAGUUUAAUGUACUAAUAAAAUUCUUCUGUGAGUGAUAUAA